AGACUCAUCUUCACCGUCUCCCCCAGUUGCUGGGUCCCACACCAACCAUGUUGUCAACGUCCUUACGCCGGGCUGCAUGGGCGCCUCUGUCCGGAAUCUCUCGUUCUACUCAGAAUGUUCCUUCCUCCGUGCUCGGCGCAACCCGACAUGUGCACCAGCGUCAGUACUCCUCUUCCUCUUCUAAACCGCCGGUCCCGCCCAGCGAUGGCUCUCGCCGAAUGGAUACCUCGACCCCGGCGAAGGGUGUGAACUCGUCUGGCGAGAAGGGCAAGUCUGCCCGCCGACGUGGGAAGGAGAAUGGUGCUCGGAACGGCUCUUCGAAAGCGAGUCAGCAACAUGCGGCGUUUUCGAAGCUUCCGAGUGUCCCCUCGACCCAGCACCGCCAGCCGCAUGACGUCCAUGUCGCCUCUUUCUUCUCCAUCCACCGCCCCAUCUCCGUGACCACCACCGUCCCUCCCAUCUCGACUCCCGAAGCCUUCGACGCGAUCUUCUCAAAGAAGCUUUUCAAGAACGAGGCCGACGAUGUCAUUUUCACUCUUUCCUCAACCGUCCAGACCAUGGAAAACUCGGCACCCGUCAUGGCCGAGUCCGAAGACCAGUUCAACCAGCUUCAUCAGAGCUUCACAACCGAUGCGAAUGGGGAUCUUCGCAUGCUCGACGGUGCCGAGGCUGGAAUGACCGUGCAGGAAUACACCCGUCGUCUCCGCCCCUUCCACCCUCCCCCUCCUCCCGUCCCUAUGGACAUGCAGUCCUCGGCCGAUGCCCUGACUGAGCAAGAGACCUCGACUUACUCCACCGUCCUGACGAUCCGCGAGCAGCGCCAUGCUGAUGGCCGCAAGACCUACGAGGCCUCCACUGGCCCCUUCGUUCGCAGCGACAUGGAGGAUCCCGAGCAUGGAUUCACCAUCGACGCUCCGACCGGGUCCACCUCUGGCAUGACAUACAUUGAGCGUGUGCGCCACAACCGGACCAUGCAUGCGAUCAGCACCAAGAGACGGCGCAAGAUCAAGAUGAAGAAGCACAAGUUCAAGAAGCUGAUGCGGAGGACACGCACACUUAGACGGAAACUCGACAAGGCUUAGAGAAUUUUUUUCUGCCUUUUCUCUCUCGUUUCAUUUGUUUCCCUUCUCCUUUUGUUCGGUUCUUCAUCGGAUGCAUCUUCUGGCCUGCGUCUUGCAUCGUCUUGGGUUGAGGGUUUGUCUUGUCUGAGUUUUGCCGGGCAUAUAUAUCUCCCUUGUACUGCCUUUCGUACAUUGCGUGGACUUCUUUUUCUUUUCUCUUGUUCGCUCCUAUACUCUAUCAAAUAUCCAAUCAUCACCAUUUCUCCCUCCCUCUCUUCGAACCGAUGGCUGGCUAGUAUUCUCCCAUGGCCAGCGGCUUUUGAUGUUUUCUCGUGUGGCGUUGUGGCCCUCAUGCAUUGCGGACUACGCAAUAGACUUGUUCUUUGAUAUCCGUCUUGCCGCUAUACUGUGUUCGAGUUCCUGAUGUUCUUACUUAGUCCCACUGGAGACAACAACGAAGAUUUGGUUCAGUAAUAGAAACAUACGUCCUGUAGUAAUUCCUAGCCAUGUAUCCUACAAUCGCAUGGUGCAAUAGCAAGGUAGUGCACAAAUCGGGAUUGCUAUACCAUACCAAAUACAAAAGCCCCGACGGACCAGAUGAAAGGAAAAAGUAAGGACAAGAAAGAGCCAAACCGAGAGAGAAGUUAAAAAAGAUUGAGAGAGGGUUUGUCCACAGGAGGGCACUCGGGCCGACAAGGUAUAUGUCAAGUCCUUCUACCACUGCAGAUGAAAAGGGAGGGAAUCCAGUCCCAAAUCGAGACGAGACCCGUAUAAAGUACAGUAAUCCAGCGCGCGUUCAUGCAAUGUUAAAGAAAAAAAAGCCAAUAUCUACCCACAACCAGUUCCACCCGUUCGGAAGUGAAAGCUUGAUAGCUGUUCCCCGAUUCUACAUACCACGAUGGUCACAAAGUAAUUCCCUUCACCGAGUCAAAUAAGUUUAUCAUAGCCGAGAUCUUUUUCCAUUCUUGCAUCGCGUUCGUCCUCAGUCCUGUGACACACCAUGUCCAGUCCGAGGAUCUUGAGCAAGAGCAUGUCGGAAGCGAAGCAUCGCCCAUCUCGCAAAGGGUCAAUAGGUCCAAGAUUCGGUUUCCGCGUGCGACGAGACGUGUCCCGCUUAGCAGACGGCUUUAGAGCGGGAGUUCAUGAGAAGAGCGACAAUAAGACCGUACAGACC